UUGUGUACAACAACAACUGCAGACUUUGUUUAAAUAAACAAAGCCCUGUUCAAAAAUAUAUAAAUGCAUAUAGGUACAAAUCUAAGCAAUCUAUCAUUUAUGAAACUAUUAUUACAAAUAUGGCCUCUUUAAAAAUUAAAUUUUAUUAGAACCCCUCUUGAAGAAACUUGAUAAAAUAAAUACUAUUGUCUAGUGUCCAAAACCAAAGCAUAAAACGCCAACAUCAAUCCAAGUUGUUUGGUUUAAAUUUUAAAAAGUCCAUAAACUUUUUUUUUUGUUCAUGUCAAUAUGAGCGUAAUGUUAUUCAUGUCUCUUUUACUUCAGCCACUGCCGUUUGUUUUGGUAUCAGUCUUAUUCUACUUGACACACCUAAUACUGUGUCAGCUCCGGCGAGUACUCACCGGCCAUGGCGGUGGCGUUUGCGGUGGUGGUCCGACGAGCUAUCCGAUAAUCGGUUGCUUGCUUUCAUUCUACAAGAAUCAGACCCGCUUACUUGACUGGUACACAGAACUCUUAGCAGUGUCACCAACCAACACCAUCGUGGUGCACAGGCUUGGCGCGCGGCGGACCAUAGUGACGGCCAACCCGGAAAACGUUGAGUAUAUGCUGAAAGCCAACUUCAACAACUUCCCAAAAGGAAGACCCUUUACUGAAAUCCUUGGAGAUUUUCUUGGCUAUGGCAUAUUCAAUGUGGAUGGAGAGCUAUGGAGGACUCAAAGAAAGCUCGCCAGCCAUGAGUUUAGCACCAAGUCUUUACAAGAGUUUGUCAUGAACACGUUGGAGGAAGAGGUUGAGAAUCGUUUAUUGCCGUUGUUUGAUUCUUUGGCUGAGGAAGCCAAAUCAGUGGACUUACAAGAUUUGCUGAGACGUUUUGCGUUCAACGUGAUAUGCAAAGUUUCACUCGGGAUUGACAGGUGCAGCUUGGACCCUUCUGCGCCGGUGUCACCUCUGGCGAGAGCUUUCGACGCAGCGUCGGAGAUAUGCGCGCGGCGUGGUGCGGCGCCUUUGUUUAUUGUUUGGAAGAUCAAGAGAUGGCUUGGUGUUGGUUCGGAGAGAAGGUUGAAGGCUGCGGUUGAGGAAGUUCAUGACUUUGUCAUGGAAAUAAUCCAUCAAAGGAAGAGAAAAAUCGACGAUGGAGAUGAUGAUGAUGAUGAAGAUCAGUCUUCCGGUGAUGAAGAUCUUCUGACUCGGCUAAUCAUGGCUGGCCAUGAUGAGGAGGUGAUUAGGGACAUGGUGAUAAACUUCAUCAUGGCCGGGAGGGACACAACUUCGGCUGCAAUGACAUGGCUAUUCUGGUCACUUUCAUGCCAUCCUGAUGCCGAGAAACAAGUGGUGAAAGAGAUCAAAAUUUCUGAUAAAGAAACAAAGUUAGAUUAUCGAUCGUUGAAGAAGUUGAAGAUGUUGAAGGCAUGUAUUUGCGAGUCCAUGAGGCUUUAUCCGCCAGUGCCUUGGGACUCAAAGCAUGCCAUAGCCGAUGACUUGUUGCCAGACAAAACUCAUGUCCGGGAAGGUGAUAGAGUGACUUAUUUCACCUACGGGAUGGGGAGAAUGGAAGCUUUGUGGGGAAAAGACCGGUUGGAGUUUAAACCAGACCGGUGGUUUCUUGAACCGGAGAAAGAGACAGGUGGGUCUUUAAAGAAGGUAUCCCCUUUUAAGUUUCCAGUCUUUCAUGCUGGUCCAAGGGUUUGUCUUGGUAAGGAAAUGGCAUUCAUUCAGAUGAAAUAUGUGAUGGCUUCCAUUCUCAGACGAUUCCAGAUCAGACCGGUGCUCGGUUCAAGCAGACCGGUUUUUGUGCCGCUACUGACAGCCCACAUGGCCGGAGGCUUCAAGGUUUCGGUUAGCAAGAGAGAAUGACUAAAAAAAACCAAGCAAAUCAUUAAAAUAGUAAGGUCAAUGGUUUUUUUUCUUUUGAUUAAAAAAACUUGUUGGACGGCCACAUGCCUGUUUUUUGUAUAAUCUACAGCUGAGAAGAAACCAUUGUGUACGACCAAUCAUACAGCUAAAAUGUAUACAUAUAUAGCUUCUUUU